AUGGAGUCACACAGUGUUUCCAAAUUAUUGGGAGCUCCUGCUGGUUAUAUUGGCUACGAGGAUAGCCCACAACUCACAGAAUCUGUUCGACGAAAACCCUAUCAAAUUGUCUUGUUCGAUGAAAUUGAAAAAGCUCACAGAGAUGUCUUGAAUGUUUUGUUACAAUUAUUGGAUGAAGGUUUUCUCACUGAUUCAAGAGGUAAUCAUGUCAAUUUCAGAAAUACCAUUGUCAUUAUGACCUCUAACGUUGGAUCUGAAAUUUUGCUUCACUUCCACCAGGAACCAGAGUUUUUGAAUCGUAUUGACAAUAUUGUCUUCUUCAAUCGAUUGAACGAAGCGAAUAUGAAACAAAUUGUGGAUAUUCAACUUUCUCGAAUUGCUAAACAACUCAAAGAAAGGAGAAUGCUUUUGGAUGUGAGUCAACAAGCAAAGGAUUGGUUAGCUCAUGUUGGAUUUGAUUAUCAUUUCGGAGCUCGACCUCUCAAACGAGCCAUUCACAGUUAUUUAUUGACUCCACUUGCAAAACUCUUGUUGGAAGGAACCGUGAAGGAAAAUUCCAAAAUAUUUGUGGACUUUUCUAGUAAGGUCAAUGAAGAUAAUGAGGAAACAUUGGAUAUUACGAGUACUCCUCUCGAGGGUCAAGUUGUGGAGACCAAUGUUGAAGAAUUGUAA